CCACGUGCACCAUCACCCCUGCCUUUGACUGGGGAGAGCUCCCAUGGGAGCCCCAGAAACCACAAACCCUCCGAGGCCUUAGAAGAGCCUGCCUCUGCGCUCCCUCGGCGACAGCUCUGUGCUCCAGACCCGGGUGUACACGGUGGGGGCGGGGAGCUGGUUGGCCAGCUGCUGAGUUAGUUCAAGCUUCCUGCUCCUGGACUCGGAUUUCUGCUGCCAGCCCCAAGCCAGCCGGUGGGACUGGAGCUGGGGUGUGGACCAGGGGUAGACCGCUGCCCGGACCUGCCCUCCCAGGCCGGCUCCAGGAGGCACUGGGGCCCGGCUGGGCCAGGUGAGGCUAACAGCUGGGAGAGCUGUCCUGGCACCAAGGAUCCUGCCGGGGGGAAGGCGAGUCAGUGGGGGCAGGGCUCCUGGAAUCCGGAUCAGCAGGUCGAGCUGGAGGCCCUCCACCCCCAUGUCACCCGGAGAAAAACCGGACCCACUUCCUGACACCUUCAUCCUGCAGCCACCAGUUUUCCACCCGGUGGUUCCUUACGUGACGACAAUUUUCGGCGGCCUGCGCGCAGGCAAGAUGGUCACGCUCCAGGGAGUGGUCCCUCUCGACGCACGCAGGUUCCAGGUGGACUUCCAGUGCGGCUGCAGCGUGCAUCCCCGGCCGGACAUCGCCAUCCACUUCAAUCCUCGCUUCCACACCACCAAGCCCCACGUCAUCUGCAACACCCUGUACCUCGAGCGCUGGCAGGCCGAGGCCCGGUGGCCCCGCCUGGGCCUGCAGAGAGGAGCGAGCUUCCUCAUCCUCUUUCUCUUCGGAAAUGAGGAAAUGAAGGUGAGCGUGAACGGACAGCACUUUCUUCAAUACCGCUACCGGCUCCCGCUGUCCCGUGUGGACACCCUGGGCAUAUUUGGUGACAUCUUGGUGGAGGCCGUUGGGUUCCUGAACAUCAACCCAUUUGCAGAGGGCAGCAUUGAGUAUCCGGUCGGAUAUCCCUUCCUGCUGAAGAGCCCCAGCCUGGAGGUGCCCUGCUCUCGGGCCCUUCCCAAGGGUCUCUGGCCGGGACAGGUGAUCGUACUGCGGGGGCUGGUCUUGCCAGAGCCAAAGGAACAGAACUCUGGCCUGGAUCGCGCCCUGGGGGUGCAAGAAGCUGAUCUCGGCCCCCUUCCUGUUCUACCCCCGGCGAUUUUUCGAGGUGCUGCUCCUGUGCCAGGAGGGAGGGCUGAAGCUGGCGCUCAACGGGCAGGGCCUGGGGGCCACCAGCGUGCGCCAGCAGGUCCUGGAGCAGCUGCGGGAGCUCCGGAUCAGUGGCAGCGUCCAGCUCUACUGUGUCCACUGCUGAGGAGUGAGCCAGGGGCCCCGCCAGGGAGGAGAAGGACCAGCCCACGCCCGGCACCCCUCGAUGCGGCUCCGCUCUCCUCCCUUCCAUACACUGUGCGCCUGUCCCCCCCCCCCCCCCCUCGCUUUCGGAGGCCCCAGCCUGGGAUUGGCAGCCCCUGCGUGUACUCACAUCUCAUCCACAAGCACUCGGUCCCGGGGCCACGCUGUGUGCAAGGAAGGCUGAAAAUGACUCUCCAGCGGGAUGGCCGUGUGCCCGGCCACGGUACUACUGCUCUGAUUCCUGAUAUAUGUGGGGCGUUCCUGGUAUGUCUGUUUAUACCGUCUGAUUCUGUGGUGGCCUCCACUUCCGGUGCUAUUUUUCCUUGUAUUUUCAGCUUGCCUGCUUGCUGUCGGGUUGAUGAAACCUUUAUCACCCUGCCUACCUUUUUUCUCCAAAACCCUCUCUUGUGUCACUGCUUUGGCAUCCUACCUCCCGUCAUCCCUCCCCUAACGCCAGCCACCCGAGGAUCUGUUUUCCACUCCUACGUGUGGCCUGUUUUGGAAAUGCCGUUAUCGAUGGAAUCCUACAGUAUCCGACCUGUUGAAUCCGGUUCCUUUCGUUGUGCAUCAUCGUUUUAGCUCCAUCUAAGUAGCUGUCUGCAUCAGGGACCAGUUCUCUUUGUUACUCAACACUAUUCCAUCGUGCCACAAUUCACUUACCGACCGACCCGUCGAAGAACACUCGGGUGGUUCCAGGUUUGGGCAGUCAUGAGUAGAGCGCUACUAAAAACGGUUGUGUACAAGUCUUUGAUGAACAUGAGCUGUAAUUUCUCUAGGGGAGGAACCAGGUAGUGCGAUUUCUGGAUCAUACGACAGAGGCACCUUUAUCAGACACCGCCCAACGGUUUUCCAGAGUUAUUUCAGAGCGGCUGUGCCAUUUUGCAUUCCCACCAGCAACGUGGGAAACUUCUAGCGGUUUUGCAUCCUCGUACUUGUGAUUGUCAGUGGGGUUUUUUUUGUUUGUUUGUUUGGGUUUGGUUUUUGUUUUUUAAUUUUUUUAAUGUUUAUUUAUUUUUGAGAGAGAGAGAGAGACACACACACAGAGCGGGAGCGGGGAAGAGGCAGAGAGGGAGGGAGGCACAGAAUCCAAAGUAGGUUCGAGUAGGUGUGGCAGCACAGAGCCCGACGUGGGGCUCGAACUCGCGAACCGUGAGAUCAUGACCUGAGCCGAAGUCGGACGCUCAACCGACUGCGCCACCCAGGCGCCCCUAGAGUUUUUUUAUUUUAGCUAUCCUCAUCUGUGUGAGGGGGACGUCAUUGGCGGUUUUCAUUUGCAUUUCGCUAAUGGCUGAAGAUGCUGAGCCUUUUUUUAUAUGCUGAUUUGCCAUCCAUGUAGUCUCUGGUUCAGUGCCUGUUCUCUCCUUUGCUGUCGUUGUUGUUAUUUUUUUCUAAGUAAUCUUUACACCCGACGUGGGGCUCAAAGCUACAACCCCGAGAUCAAGAGUCACGUGCUCCGCCGACUGAGCCAGCCAAGCGCCCCUCUUUUCUCCAUGUUUUAACUGAGUUGUUGGCCUUUUUACCCUUGACUUUGAAGGGUUCUUUAUACAAGCUGGCUAGAAGUCCUUUGUCACAUAUGCUAUUUGUAAAGAAUUUCUCCCCAUCUUAGCUUGUCUUUUCAUUUGGUUUCUUCCACCGAGUAUCAGUUGAGUUUUGGUGAAGUCCAGUUCAACAAUUUUUUCUUUCACGGAUUAUCCUUUUGGUAUCCUAGCUACAGACUCUUUGCCUAGUGAGAAUUUCUCCUUUGUUUCCCUGUGAAAGCUGUAUACUUUAGUGAAGUAAUGAAAUUGAACCAAGUAAA